AUGUCUAGAUCGAUAGAAAUAACAAGUAAUGAAAAAAAUUUCCUACAUACAGCAUUAAAAAAUGGUAUAAGAUUAUCAUCAAGAAAAUUUAAUCAAUUAAGAGAUAUUCAAAUACAGCUAUCAACAAAAGAAUAUGGAUAUGUUGAAGUAAGUUGGGGAAAAUCUAAGGUUGCAGUUAGAGUUUCAGCCAAAAUCACAAAACCAUAUGAAGAUAGACCAUUUGAAGGUAUAUUUCAAAUAAAUAAUGAAAUUAGUUCAAUAUCAUCUUUAAAAUUUGAUAAUAACACCACCAAAGUUCAACAACAAGAUGAAAAUUUAAUAAGUAGAAUUAUUGAAAAAUCUAUAAGAAAAUCAAAUUCAAUAGAUUUAGAAAAUUUAUGUAUAAUAGCUGGAGAAAAAUGUUGGGAAAUUUUAGUUGAUUUAAAUUUUUUAAAUUUUGAUGGAAAUUUUAUUGAUUUAGGUUGUUUUGCUACAAUGUUAGCUUUAAAUCAUUUUAAAAAACCUGAUAUAACAAUUCUGCAGGAUUCUGUGAUUAUUCAUGAUUUAAAUGAAAGACAACCUGUGGGGUUAAGUAUUUUACAUAAUCCUAUUUGUUUAACUUAUUCAUUUUUUAAUUUAAAUUCAAAAGAAAUGAAUAUAAAAGGAGAAGAGAUAGGAGAAAGAGAUGAUGAAGAUGAAGAUAAUGAAGAAGUAGAUUAUUCAGAAGAAAUUUGUAUCCUUGAUGCAGAUGGACAAGAAGAACUAUUAAGAGAUGGAAGUUUAUCAAUUACAUUAAAUAAAAAUAGAGAAAUUUUACAAUUAAGUAAAAAUGGUGGUAUACCAAUAAAUGCUGAAAAAUUAUUGAAUUUAUGUUAUCAAAGUAUGGAACACAUUGAUUAUUUAACUGAAUUAUUAAAAAUUAAAAUAAAAGAAAAUGAAGAAAUUAGAUAUAAAAAUGAAAAUUUUAAAUUAUUAGAAUCAAGUGCUGAUAGGUAA